AUGGUGAAGACCUCCGGCGGUCAGUCGCUUUUGGUGCUUCGGAAGUUUCAGCCACCUGACUCUUUAUUGCGUUUGCCUCCGUCCUGCCGACCCUGGAACAAGUCCCUUCGCUUAUCCCCCGUUGUGCAAGGUGCGGGCAUAGUGGGUGCUGUUCGGUAG